AUGCUCCGGCGCAAUAGCUCUCGAAAAACGAACCGUCGCCCAUUGAGCCGAAGCAAAUCUACCAACUCCGUUGUUCGCCGACCCAUCCAUGCGUUUGAGUCUAUGGACCCCGCCAAAGCUGCAAGGGAUGCAAACAUAGCUGCAGUAUUGUCAUAUCAACGAGCCCAAGACCGGCCGAGAAGUGAGGGGAUGAGUUUACCGCACGAUCCAGCAAGUUUCUAUCACGACAGGAGUGAUGGCACCAGCAGUGUCAUAAGACACAGUUUUCAGCGGACUGACAGUGCCAUGAGCCGAAAUGGCACUUCAGACAUUUCUCGAAGACGAAGUGUCCGGUUCACUGCUCCUUCAGCUGCACCUCGCCGAAAUAUAGCGUCAAGAGCCAAUGGGGGUCGAGACUCACCCACAAAAGCAACUUCAAAAUUCUCCCUUACAGAACGGUACCUGGAAACGCUGCAGCCACCCGACGCGUGCUACAACCCUCAAGACGAUGUUGACUCAAUUUCUUCCCUAUACAAAAAAGUUAGAAAGUCUCGCUCCAUGAUGACUUCUUCAAACCUCGCUACUGGAGGCGUUUCUACAAGAGAUUGGUCCGCCAGCAAUGAUAUGCGUCCACGUUCUUCACCAUUACCGCCCAAGAACAAUGAGAACGACCCGCCGAAAAAUGUGAGGCCGCAAACGUCUGCACUCAGAGCCGUCGCAUCAAUGAGUUUUCUCAAAAGUCGUCGAAAAAUGGCCGCUUCUCAAGCCAGCGACCGUGUCGAAGACAAUGAUGCCGCACUUCGACUUGCCAGAGAGAGGUUUCGCCAGAUACAAGAGGAAGAAGAAAGGAAAAAACAACACUCUGCUUUACUGAGACCCAAGACAAGGGAGAGUGAAACUUCCACAGUCAUGCGCAAAUCUCUCCGAAACAGCAGCAACAAUUCCACCGCAGUCGCUUCAACGUUUUCUACCAACAGCGCCUCUGUCCCAAAACAACAUGGGAUCCGAAAUACGGCGCGCAAAGUUUCGCAUGGCUUGAGAUCAAAGCUACGAGGCCUUUUUGGCAAAGGAAAGAGCGAGGAUUCUGAACAAGAGCGGUAUGAACAAUGUGUGGUAGACAAGGACUCUGAUGGCGAGAGCUGUCUGCAUGCUGGGGAUACUGAUGCCGACGAGGAGGCCUCUAUGUUUCGGGUUACCUCGCAUAUUCCCUCAUUGCAUGAUGUACCUUCGAACCAACAACUCAGGUCUCGUAAAGGUAGCGUGGAGAGCUUCGCGGACGUUGAUCACUGUGUCUCUGACGACAGGUCUCGUGUCACCAGUUGGACAAACUCGAUGACAAACACAGUAACGAGUGAAGGAACCCUUGGAGACAGGGAAAGACAGCGUCUUUCUGUGAUCAGAGAGAAUGGCACGCACGUCGCUUCACCCCUUCAUUCGACGGAGCCUCUGCAGCAACAGACGCGGGACAUGAUAGCAGAAAUGUCGAUUGACAGUGAGCGCGUUUACUCUGCUCUGAUCGAACGACUCGGACAAAACGAGACAUCGGAGCGAAUUGAAACUGGGUCUAUCGCGACCACGGAAAACGACUUUGAGAAGAAUAGAGAACUUUGCGAGUCUAUGAACAAGCAAUGGCCUCAUUCCACCAUUCGGUGCGUUCGACCCGACGACGACAUCGCUAGUAGCCAUGGACGUCAGUCCUCGACGUCGAGCUCGGUCACAGAAGUCCCGGACAAAGACAUAGACCACGCAGCCGAGACCGUCGCUGCACCUACACCCAGGCACAAAAUUCCCUGGGAUUGGAGCGACGAUAAUGCUGAAACCGAGCAUACCAGUGUGCUACUCAAUGGACUUGAAUCACACAAGACGAUCAGUCAAAGAAGUUCUGCAUUUUUUGCCAGCCCUGAGUGUCACUCAUUUCGAGAGCCCAGCCCCUACCGCCGUGCGUUACGGGAGAUGAACUCUUCUGAUGAGAUGGAUGGAGGUCUGCCGGGAUCUCAGUACCUUCACUCCUUGUCGACUCUGAACCUGCCGACCCGUCAAGACAGAAACCAGAGUUCGGAGAAAGACUACCACGCGGCAGACGUCGAGAGCGUUUAUUCCCUUUCAGCUGAUGAUGCCACCCCAUUGCCUACACCUCGCGAGGCUAACCUCUUGGAACCAUCUCCGGGUCGCAGGUACACCCGCAAUCAGUCCCCCGACAUUCCAAUCUAUGUGUCAGCUCACGAACACCAACGCGACACGUCGACAGCCAGCUCGGUGGAAUGGAAGACCUGGCUGAGCUCCAAAGUGUCCAAGCUCGAAGGGCCCUCGACUCCUAGACGCCAGCAAGACAACGGUGUCCUGCCACUACUCGGUCAUGUCAGAGAAGGGGCUUCGAUGGGGUCUACUCCUGAACUGCGUACAUCGACAAAUAAGCGUCCGUUGAGCCGUACGCCUCUGGGCAGUGUCAAGGGAAACACUCAAGCCUUCCCCGACAGUCCAACAAGAUCGUCACGUCAGAUCAUCAGUGGGUAUGACGAAAACUCGGCACCAAAUCAUAACGGGAACACGAGCGACAAAGAAACAACCCCCUCCAUACCACGCCGAAGCACCUUGAGAACAGUGCCUUCAAUGCCAAGUGUCGCCCCACAAGGAAAUUUGAUUGAGACUGGUCCCGGAAAGGAAAUGCAACGAAUGAAGUCUUUGAACGCGAUAGGCUAUCUGAAUUCAACGCCGGAGGGCCUGUUCACGAAGCGACGGUCUCAGCCUCGUGUUGCUGGGUGGCAAGCGUCUCCAACUAGGUCGAGUCCUGGUGUUGGCGCCCGAGCGAAUGCCAUAACAACGGGCUCACCCGGUCCGGGACGACUUAGAUAG